GGUGGCGGUGGAGGCGGUGGUCGCAGCAGAAGAGAGGCCAGUCCCUCCCGCAGGAAGCCCAACGCCGCCGCCCCCACCUCCACCUCCUCCGGCCCUUAGGCUUAGGCUUCCCCCCUCCUCCUCCUGCUCCUCUCCUCCCUGGGAGCCCGCCGGGGCGAAAGGGCGCAGCAGCAGCAGCCAUGUCCUCCUCGGGCGGCGGCGGCGGCGGGGGCGGCGGCGGGGGCCACCACCAGCCCAGCCAGAGCCGCGCCAUCCCCACCCGGACGGUGUCCCUCAGCGACUCCUCGCAGCUACCUCACGACUAUUGCACCACCCCCGGAGGAACCCUCUUCUCCACCACCCCCGGAGGUACCCGAAUCAUCUAUGACCGCAAGUUUCUGUUAGAUCGUCGCAAUUCUCCCAUGGCUCAAACCCCUCCUUGUCACCUUCCAAAUAUCCCAGGAGUUACCAGCCCUGGUUCCAUGACUGAGGAUUCCAAAGUGGAAGUAAACAAUCUGAACAAUCAUGAUGGAAAGGCUAUAAUUGGUGAUGAUGCUCAGUUUGAGAUGGACAUCUGAUCUUCCUUGAGGGUAACCAUGGAGAGACAGCAACUCCUGAUCACCUGUGCACAUCUGAUUUGGCCAACAGGAUCAAUAAUGUGAAGAGUGGUGGAAGAAGAAGAAGAGGAAAAAGAAGAAGAAGAAGCUGUUUCCACUAGAGUCCUCACUUCAUCUUUGGAAGUGCCAAAGGAUAAAAGGACUGUUCACCUCCCCCAUUCCCAUUAGCCAUACCAUGCUUUCCCCAUUUCUCUGUUUUCCUCCAGCCCCCCUUCCCUUUUUUAAAACUCUCACCUCCCUGGACUGUGACUGCAUUCAAACCCAUGAUAAAUUCAUUAGAGCUAAGGAACCUACCUGGGCUUCUCGCACUUUAAAGACAACUUAUCAAAUCAUGCACAUGCGAGAACUUAAAGUGUCCAUCAGCAAUUAGAUAUUUAUUCCAAAAUGAAACGGCCAUGGGAGGGAUGGAUUUAUGCUUGAAGGGGCAUGACACUGCCAUUGUUCUCCUAUCCUUUACUGCUGUAAACUUGAUACCAGUUUAUUACCCUGUUUCUGUGCACCUUUUAUUGGUGUGCAGAAUGCACUCCCUUUAAUUCUAAGCUUUCUUUUACAACUUUUCCUUUUUAGUUAGCAAAUACUUACAUGUGGGCACAUUGGUGGGGGAGUUCUGUCCCCCAAAACAGCAUUGCUGUGAUUUUUGCUGCCCUUAAUAAAUUCCUUUAACUUUAGAACAGAUGGACAUUUUGAAAAGAGCUAUCACUUUAUAAUACAUCCAUUUCAUUUUCCGUUUCAUCCCAAAGAUUGCCUCCUAGAUAAUCCUAUUUUACAAAAAAAAAGUUUCUCUGUUCAGCUUCCUUGUUUCUAUCAGUGUUAAAAAGGAACCACAUUUUUGUUCUGAUAUGAUCUUGGGAAUACCAUGCUAGAUGGUCCUCAGUCUGUUUUUUGUUCUCAGUCUUUUCUUCCAUUUUUGCUGCUGUUUAAUGUCUGCUGAAUUCCUUGCAAGUCUGUUAUUGUGCCAAAAGGAUGAAUUGAAAUAACCUGGCUAUGCUUGACUAGGAUGGACUUGGCAAGUGUUGGAUGUUCUUGGGAAUGUCCUGCAUAGGGCUUCCUAAGAAUUAGUUAGUGUGCAGUGCUGAUUUCAUGGUGUGUGACUUCAGUAGAUGUGACAUGGUGGGCAAUCAGAUUGUAGUCAGUUAUUUUCCUGCACUCUUCUUUGGAUUAAAACCACCUACCUGUUUAAUGGUCACCAUUUUGUUGCUUGCAUGUUUCCUGGAUUCACACAUUAUUAAAUCAGUCAUAAAAUUUGAACCUGUCUGGGACCAGUUUCAAAAAGCAAGAAAAUGUGGCUGAUGGUCUCAUUUGAUUCCAUUUAUCUAGAUUUGUUGCCCGUUUCCUAUCUAUUGUUGAUUCAUUUGUUUACUGAUUAGAUUGACGUUUGCCCCCCAUGGAUUGCUGCUUGAUUGGGUCUGAAAAGGCUGUUUGCGAGUGGAGAGAGAUCAUUCCUGAUGGCAUCUAGAGGCAAAUUUUUAUUUCAGUUAUUAUUUGUUAUCACAGGUUAUUUCAGUUGUGAUAAUGCCAGUUGCCAUGUGGGAGGGGCAAAAAAUAUAGGUGGUUUGAAUUCAACCAAUGGAUGAAUUUGUGCCUUGGUUGUAGUGCCACCUUGUCAGUGAACCAUGAAAAUGCUAUUCCCUAAGGCUGCAACACUUAGGGUGCAUCUACGCUGUAGAAAUUAUCCAGUUUGACCCCACUUUUAACUGCUGUGGGUCCAUCUUACAGAAUCCUAGGAUUUGCAGUUUUACAAAGUCUUUUGCCUUCUCUGUCAGAGUGCUGUUGCCUCACAAAACUAGAAAUCCCAGGAUUCUGUAGGAUGGAGCCAUGGCAGUUAAAGUGGUGUCAAACUGCAUUAUUUCUACAGUAUAGAGGCACCAUAGUCUCUUCAAUUGGAUAGACUAAUACAUUAAAAGGGGUUUUUGUUGUUGAUUUAAAAAUGCCCCUGAGAAAUCAACUGAUAUUUUUCUUUUAAAAAUUGAGAUUUAAAUAAUAAUAAUUUUUUAAUAACCUUUUUUGUAUAAAUAGUUAAGAAGGCAGCCAAGGAGGCAUUCCUUUUUUCUCACACAUGAAGAAAUGCUUCUUCUAAGACAAUGCUUCAUCCGUGGACAUGAGAUACAGUUUCCCCUCAAAUAAUUUGAUGUGCAUCGGAAUCACUGUUCAAUGGGGCUUACUCCUUUGUAGAAAUGUUUGCAGGAUAAGAACUGUAAAAACGGAAUGGGGAAACCUGUGACCAUUCUAGAUGUUAAUCCAAACACUUCUGGAGGAAUACACAUUCCCUGCUCCUUCUCUGAGAGUGUUUUAAUCAAGUGUCAGCCUUACGUCUCCCAGUUACAGUGGCUGGUGGUUGCCUCUGAUAAUUUCUCGCAGUGGUUUAUGUGCUACCUCUGCUAAUGAUUUGAGAAACAAGAUGAUUGGAUUGUAUGAGAAGCUCUUGUCUUAGUGGUGCUGGCCCAGGGGAGAUGUUUCACCAAUGUGGCAAUUUCCUAUGUGGUUUUGCUGUCCAAAUGUAAUUGAAAAAGUAUGGGGCCCACUCUCAAGGAUGGAGUAGCCACACUAUGAUCCUGAUCUAAGAGACAAUCCUGGGAGAUAAUCUGAGAAGGUUUUGAGUCCCAUUGAAUAGUGACCUCUGUCAAGUGACAGAGAACAUUUCAGCACUGCUCAUGAAAUUGCCACCAUCUGACCCUUGGAGUAGACUCAACACCUUUAAUGGCCCAAAGAUCUUAGUUUCCUUUUGUAGGUGAUUUAAAAGGGAGGCAUUUGAUAAUUUUGCUUUCUUUCUGUAUGGUAGUUUUUUGGAAGCCAGGAAGAAUAUACAAGAUUAUUAUACUUUUAAUUAUGUUUUGCCUACUCUAAAAUGUGAAUAAUACAGGAACAAAAAUUGCUUUGUAACUGUUGAUCUCUCAGGAAUAGUCUGUUUGCAGUGUUUCUGGGGAAAGCGAUCCUGCCUCUGUACUGGUGGUGGAAGGUGACGAAACUGUGACUAGUCAGGGGCAGGGGCAUGCUCUUGAGAUGUACUGUAAGGGUAUUUCUAAAGUGUGCUGCAGGUUCAGCCCAGAACCAGAACACAGUUGGAUUUCCAUCCUGCCUCUUGCAUAAUCACCAGCAGUUGUUUCUGGAACAUCACCGGCUAUUCUGUUGAUGAGGCAGAACGGACAUAGCUUUGCUCUGCACUGCUGACAGUAGUAGAACUCAGAUUUAGCCAUGAAUUAAACCAGCUUAGUUGGUUAAGGUGGAGGAGGAGAAAUAUAGAACUUAAAGAGUUGCUAAUAGUUCUAACUGUUGCUAAAUGUUCUCAUCAUAGGGCUUCUCCUAUUCAUUUUCAGCUAAGGGAGUAGCUUUCUCCCCCUUUUUAGGGAUUUAGGCGUAAUCGCUUAGUGUGAAAUACAGCAACAUUUUCCAUGUUUUUCAAGGUAGCUUAGCUGCUGUUUGCAAAGACUGCUGUUUCCUCUGUUGUUUGUACUACAAACUAAAAGAAGGAAGAAUAUUCUAGUAGUCCAGUGCUUACCUGAGACUUCAACAAUCAGAUUUCUUUCUCUUCUCUGCUGCAAACUCCUUGUGUGUCUCUGGGCAAGUUUCUUAAUAUCUUUGUGCCUCAAUUCCCCACUUUGUAAAAAAAAAUGGGGGGCAAUAGACCCCUACCUCACAGGGUUGUUGUGAGGAUAAAUUCGUUGAUAUGUGUAAGGCACUCAAGAAAAGUGAGUGGUGAGUGCUGCAAAGAAGCCAAUAAAUAUUACUUCCUUUAAAGCCCAGCAAAGUGUUGAGUCAUAGCCAUGAUGGCAGUAAAGCUGCCUUCUCCCUUAAAUUCUUGAUCAGCUAGAGUAGGAUGUUUUUGUUUUUUUAAUUGAGCAAUAGCUAAAAGAAGCUGCUUGUGGCAAAGGGCUUCUUAACCCCUUUCCUUCACAGAACCUCUAGCAGAGAUGUCCCUCCCUGUGCAUUUCACUCCCUUUUUGCUAGUCUCUUGUAAUGCCCAAACAUGAGAGCACUAGCUCAGUCUACUAAAGCCCCAGUAAAAACUCUCUUGGCUUCUGUGAGCCAUGUAAAAAGUAUCCCAAGGGCUAGGUUGAGCCCCUUGGGCUGCCCUUUGCAUGUAAUUUCUCUAGACGUCCAAACCCACAGUGAUGCCAAACAGUCCC